GCAGUAAGAAUUUCAUCUGGUGAGUUUCUCUCUGCUGGGUUCCAGUUCAGUGACACGAUGGCAGAGGCAGCGACUGCAGCAUCUGUGUCUGAGCUGAGGGUUGUGCUGCUGGGGAACAGCUGGACUCUCAGGAGUGAAGUGGGGAACUUCAUACUGGGAAAGACUGUGUUUAAUCCUCAGAGAGCAGCUAAACGGUGUCUGAUAGUGAGUCGACGGCUGAAGGAGAAGAAAAUAACGCUCAUCAACACUCCAGAUUUGCUGCUUCCCAACAUCUCUCAAGACAAACUGACCCAGGAUGUAGAAAGCUGUGUGAGGCUCUCUGCCCCUGGACCUCAUGUGUUCCUGCUGGUACUACAGCCUGAAGACUUCACUGAGGAUCAGAAACAGAGGUUACACAGAGUCCUCAAAACCUUCAGUGAGCGCUCUUUUGAUCAUUCACUGGUACUGACAUCAACACCCAGAGAGGAGACAUCAGCUGGAGACUACAUGCAACAUCCAGCCUUAAAGGACAUGAUCAGACAAUGUAGAAACAGACACUUGAACCAAAUGAACCUUGAACGUGCAGAGCUGUUAACUUGCCUGGGUCAAGUAGUGAAGGAGAACAAUGGAGAGCCUGUGAGCUGUGAUGUGUUUGAGGAUGCAGCUGCUGAUCAACAAACACCAACACCUGCUGGGAUGAAACCCACCACAACACACAGUCUGUCAUCAGAGGGAAGCUCUGUCGACCAGCCCUCUGGACUCAGGAUUGUGCUGUUGGGGAAAAGUGAGGACAAAAAGACAACACUUUGCAACUUUAUAAUAGGAAACAAAGCUUUACAUUUACCAAAACCUUCCCCAACAAAGCACUGUGUGGAUGCCUGUGGAGAGUGGAAAGGAAAACCUGUAACAGUGGUCAAAACUCCAGACAUCUUCAGUCUGCCUGUGGAAACAGUGAGAAAAGAGAUGAAGAACUGCAUGGCUCUUUGCUCUCCUGGACCAAAUGUUCUGUUGCUGAUAGUGAAGCCUUCUGACUUCACAGAGGAGAACAGACUCACUCUAAUGAACGUCCUGAGUUUGUUUGGUCAAGAGGCCUUUAAACUCUCCAUGGUCAUCACCACACAUGAGGGAGGUGGAACAAGUUCAACUGUAAAACUGCUCCUUGAAGAAUGUGGAGGAAAGCACUACAGCAUGUCAUCAGAUGACCGUCCACUGUUAAUGGAGAUGAUGGAGAACAUUGUGAGAGAAAACAAUGAGAGCUGCCUCACCUACACUGAAGAGACAGCUACUGUGAGACCAGAGUGUGUGAACCUGGUGCUCUGUGGGAGGAGAGGAGCAGGGAAGACUUCAGCAGCCGAGGCCAUUUUGGGCCAGAAGAUGUUUGAUCCAGGCUCUGAGUCUGCAGUGUGUGUGAAGAAUCAGGGAGAGGUGUGUGGACGUCGGCUUUCCCUGGUGGAGCUUCCUGCCUUGUCUGGAAAACCUCAGGAGGCAGUGAUGAAGGAAUCAUUCAGGUGUGUCUCCCUCUGUGAUCCUGAGGGCGUCCACGCCUUUGUCCUGGUCAUACCUGUGGGUCCCCUCACUGAUGAAGACACAGGAGAGUUAGAGACCAUCCAGAGCACAUUCACAUCUCAGGUCAAUGACUUUACCAUGAUUCUGUUCACUGUGGAGUCAGAUCCUAACCAUCCAGCUGUUGUUAACUUUCUAAGUAAGGACCAGGACAUCCAGCAGCUCUGUCAGCGUUAUGGAGGACGAUACGUUGUCCUCAGCAUCAAGGACAGAAAGCAAGUACCUGAGGUGUUGGAUACUGUGGAAAAGAUGAGACCUGCAGGAUCCAGAUGUUUCACAAUGGAAAUUUUUAUCAAGGCACAGAUGGAGAAGGUUUUAGAGCAGGAGAAAACUAUUACAAGACUUACAGCUGAACUGCAGGAGAAGGAAAGAGAGGCAAAAGGUUUUGAAAGUCUGAGCACAGAGGGCCUCAGGAUGGUUCUGAUAGGGAAGACUGGCAGUGGGAAGAGUGCAAGUGGAAACACCAUCUUGGGCAAAAAGUAUUUCAUAUCUGAAGUCAGUCAGAAAUCUGUGACCAAAUUUUGUGAGAAAGCAGCUGGAGAGAUUGAUGGCAGGCCUGUUGUUGUGGUCGACACGCCUGGCUUUUUUAACAAAACUUUGUGUAAUGAUGAAGUUGCAAAGGAGCUUGUGAAGUGCAUCAGCAUGUUGGCUCCUGGGCCACACGUGUUCUUACUGGUGCUGCAGAUUGGUCGCAUUAGACAGGAAGAAGAAGACACAGUGAACCUGAUCAAGAAAGUUUUUGGUGAGAAGUCAGGAGAUUUCAUCAUUGUUGUUUUCACUAGAGGAGAUGAUCUGGGAAAUAAAUCUUUUGAGAGUUACAUAAAGACGGGAAAUGACUUUGUCAAAAAGCUGAUAGCUGACUGUGGAGGGAGAUACCACAUCUUCAACAACAAGGAUCAGACAAACCACAUACAAGUCAGAGAGCUGUUGACAAAGAUCGACAACAUGGUGAAGACAAAUGGAGGAGGCUGCUACACCACUGAGAUGUUCCAAGAGGCAGAGGCAGCCAUACAGAAGAAAGUGGAGGGGAUUUUGAAGGAGAAUGAAGAAGAGAUGAAGAGAGAGAAGGAGGAGCUGGAAAGAAAACAUGACGAAGAAAUGGAAGUGAUGAGAAGAAGAAUGGAAGAACAAAGAUCUGAAAUUGAACAGGAGAGAAAACAGAAAGCUAAAUUUCUUAAAGAAAAGGAGGAAGACAUUAACAAAGAGCGUGAAGAGAGAAAGAGAGAAAAUGAAAAGAGAGAAGAAGAAGACAGGAAAAAGAAAGAACAGGACGAAGUUCAACGACAGGAAUGGAAACAAGAACUUGAAGCCUUAGAGAAAAAAAUAAAAUCAGAAUCAGAACAAAAAGAAAAUGUUGACCAGCAGCUGGAGCAGAGCAGAGAAGAGCUGAGAAAACAGCGAGAGGCUUGGGAGAAGGAAAGAAAAGAAUGGUGGGAAAAAAGACAUCAUGAAGAUGAACAGAGACGAGAGGAGGAGCGAACGAGACUUCAGAAGCUCCAGGAAGAGUACGAGCAGGAAAGGAAGAAAGAUGAAAACAAAAGAAAAGAAGAAGAUCGACUCAGAAGAGAACAGGAGGAAGAGCGAAAAGAAUUAGAGGAAGAGUUUAAGAAAAAACUGGAGAAGAUGAAGAAGAAACAUGAAGAGGAGGCCAGAAAACAAGCAGAAGAAUUCAAUGACUUCAGAGAGAAAUACACCAAGGAGUUUGCAGCUCUGAUGGAAAAACAUAAGGAGGAGAUAAAGGCUCUGAAGCAAGAGCACGAGAAACAACUUCAAGAGAAAAAGGAAGGAUACGACCGCUUAAAGGAGCAGUUAGACAACAAAGAAAAAAAUCUCAAGGAGGAAUUAGAAAAACUGAAGAAAGAACAUGAAGAGGAAAUCAAAGAAUGGGAACAGAAAGCCAAAAAAAAAUGUAUUAUCCAAUGAUAAUUCUGUCC